AUGGGGAAAAGGCACGUCUGCAGGCUACGGGACAGCAAGUUUUUCAUGCGAAGCUUCAUCAAGCUGGCCGGCUUUCAUAUGCAUCCAGUAAGCCAUGAAACGGGCGGUCUCGAGAAGGGUUUGGAGUUGGAGACCCUCUUCAAGAUGAGCCGCUUCGGAGGAAUCCUGAAUGGUGUCAAGGAGGGCUUUUCCCCAAGUGGCACGCACUUCAUCACGGAAGCGAUCAGGACUUGCAGAGCGCACAGCAGUUGGAGCAGAAGGUGUAACCAAGGGAGGGUUGAAGCACUUCUACGGCAAGCAGCGCAGCAUAAGGCAAUGGGGCUUGUUGAUGUGUUUCUUCGGGAGGUUGGGUGCCAAAACAAGCAACAAUCUCCUCCUCGAUGCACUCAUGGACGAGCCAGAGGACACCGAAUUGCAACGAUGGUGGCUGGUGCUCGAGGCGCUGCUAAAAUCGUAGCUGUUCUCCGUGAGCUGGCGGAGUGUCAUGCCCUGCUCGCCGGAUGUGACUACACGUUGCAGCCAGGUGGGAGCUGCAACUGGAGUUUUAUGUGGCGCCCGGACUGGAGGCUUGUAGGACACUUGAAGUUGGCCUCCAUGGCCUCUGAACAGCUGGUGGUUGCCUGUGACUGUUUGCCAGUGCAUUGCGGAAGUCAUAGACCUUGCCACUUUGCCUACAGUCGGCUGCGCUACCGGCGUUAA